AGAAAGUGGUACCUAGUCUAUACUAACAGUAAGGGCGGGGUUCCUGUAGGUCUUUAUAAGGUAUGUGGGCUCCAGUUAAAAUGCAAGUUCUCAGGCUCCCCUCAGAAUACUGAAUCGACAUGAAGGGGUGGAGCUCAAUUUCUAGCAAGUUUCCUAAGGGUGUGUGUACUGAGUGUGCUCCCUGCCUUAUAGAGGGAGGAGGCGGCAGAGACACACGAUGUUUAGAGGGCAUAGAGGGUACAUUCCUUCAAAGAGCCAGACAUUAUUUAUUAACUUCCACAGCUGAAUUAAAUCUCAUGUUACUAAAAAUUACCCUAAUUUGCAGACUAUUUGAUGUUUUCAGCUCCCCUUGGCUAGGCGGCAGAUGCUUCUCUUAGAAGCCCUGAAGGUCAAACAGGUUGUCUUGGAGUCCAUCCCUACUUUUCUGAAGUUGCCCAUUGCUGUGACUUGUUACUGGUUGCAGUCCACAGAAGUCAAGGCAAAGCUCCAUCAUCUGCAGGCCCUACUGCUGGGGAUGCUGAGGGAACCCUUGCAUGCCAUCGUCAACAGCCCUGGAAAUGUGGACCCCGCACCCAGGCAGGCUCAGUGCCUUGCUCCCCGAUAUUUGUGAAAGGUAAUGAAGAUCCACGGAGAGGUGGUGCCAAGAUGUUGUAUGAAGAAUUACGCCAGGUGAAGGCGCCCAUGCGGCCGGGUCCAAGAGUGGAUUUAGACACAGCGCACGUCUUCUGUCAGUGGCAGUCCUGUCUCCAGAUGGGGUUAUAUCUCAACCAGCUGCUGUCCACUCCUCUGCCAGAGCCAAACCUAACUUGGUUGUACAGCGGAAGCCUGGUCCAUGGACUCUGCCAGCAACUGCUAGCAUCCGGUUCUGUAGAAAGCAUCCUGGGUAUAUGUCCUGAGGCAAAGCAACUUUAUGAACAUCUGUUCAAUGCCACAAAAUCAUAUGCCCCAGCUGAAUUGUUCUUACCAAAAACUAAAUCAAAAUCCAAAAAAAGGAGGCAGAAGAAAAAGGUGGCCAGCCUGGGAACCACUGCAGAUGCCAAGCACUGCUAUGACAGAAGCAACCGGUUUGGUUUGUUAAUGCUUGAAAGCUUGGAGGAGCAUGUAGAGAACUCAGAGCUUGAAUAAACAGUUUGUAGUACACAAGAUUUACAGUUCUAACUUGUAAAAUGUCUCUUACCUCCCUUGAAGCUAAUUUUUCUUUAGGACUAACCUAUUUUGAGAUAAAGCUUAUUUAUAAGAGAUCAUCUGAAUUCUAAGAUAUUUUGUACUAUACUUUUAAUACAGCCUAAUUUAAGAAAUGUCUGUAUUUACUUAUAUGUGUUUCGGGAAUGGAGGCCAAGGUACUUAUGUGGAAGUCAGAGAGCACCUUGUGAGAGUUGGUUCUGAUUCCACCAUGUGGGCUCCAGGGAUCACCCUCAGGUUGUCAGGCUUAGAAGCAUGUCACUGGCUCUGAAUCAUCUGUAGUUCUUCAGUAUGCUUUCACUCCUCAUGGUCCUUUUCAGCAAAUAGUAAUAUUUUAUAACCUUAAUGAUACAUACAGUAAUAGCCAACUAUAUUCACAAUUUUUAUAAAAUCCAGUAAUCAUUUUAUUUAGAAAGAUUUUGGGUUUUUUUUUGGGGGGGGGGUGUUUGUUUGCAAAGUGUGGGUCAUAAAAAAGUCAGGGGGCUCUGAAAGAAAGUUAGAAAUGUGGUAAAUUGGGCUGAAGAGCUGGCCCGGCCAUUAAAGGCUAGGCUCACAACCAAAAAUAUAAGCAAUGUAGUAAAUUAGACUACAUAUGGUAAACUCAUAGGUACACUACAGGUCUUAGAGCAUGUUGUAACAACCCCCAAACAUAAACAGCAUUCUAAGCUGAUAAAUCUAGAGCAGAAGAGAAAUGAAAACCUCAGACCAAUACCGGACUCCCACGUUCCCACACGCUGGGUUUUGCAAAGGACUCUAGCACUUCAUUUUGAUUUUUGCUGUGCUACAGAUCCAACCCUGGCCCUGUGCAUGCUAAGCAAGCAUUCUACUAGGGUACACCCUCAGCUACUAGCCAGCACUCUGUAAAUCAAGUAAGUAGGAUAGAAAAUGGCAGAUAAAACACCUAUUUAGUGGUUGUAAAAAUGUUUAUCUUCCUAUAGCCAACUAUAGGGUGAUGACGGAUCCCUAUAAUCUGAAAGUCAGGGGGCUGAGACAGUAAGGUUGAAGGUUUGAGUUCACUUUGGGCAACGUAUUAAGCUUUAUCUUAAGAAUCCAAAUGUUCGAGAGGUGCUAUUUUAAAAUUACUAAUACCAACCGAUUUAUAAUGGUGCUGCCAGUUCUGAAGCUCAGAGAAGCAAGAAUGGGCAAGUGGGAUGACCACGGUGAGUCGUCUCAAAGUGUAGUCUAACUUGCACAGUUUUGAUCCCUGCUAGUGCUGAACCACUGGUAUAUUCCAUCAGUCAUUUUAAUGAUGGCUGAGAGUUGCCAACUGCAAGCCAGGCCAUCUGUAGUUCUUAAUAGUUAGCAAUUUUCUUCUUGUGGGUUGGUCUGGUGCUGAUAUGUAUUCAAAUGCUAAAUUCUACCCCAAGAUCAGGUUGUCCCAAGUCUACUGACUUCUUAUGUGAAAACAGUUUUUGUUGUGCAAAUCUUGUUCCUCAACUUAAAACUAUUAGUUAAAUGAAAAUCGCUACAGCCAGUGUACUGGAGGGAAGAGAGGAGGUGUGUUUUCCAUUACCUGGCUGAGGGUUGCCACAGGCACCCCACAGGUUAUCUAACCGGCUUCACCAGACAGUAAAGACAAAGUAUUCGUCUCCCAAGAGUCAUACUUGCUUAAGCUGCUUGGGGAAGGCACACAAUGAAAUAAUGAAAACAUUUUACCCACAUUUUGCCAAGUACAAAGACCAGACUUGACUGCUGCAUACUGAGACAGAAGUUACCAAGAGGCAAAUCAGGAAGAGUCACUACAUGUGACUUUUGGCCUGGCCUUUCUUUUCCUCCUUCUAAUUUCCUUCAUCUGACUGGCCUUUUAAGAUUAAAAUAAAUAAAAAAUUCAGGUCUCAGAUAAGCAGAGUGUAGUGUGUUCUGCAUUUUCAAAAUCGACUUUCCUGUGUUUUCAAUCAGGAUGAGUUGUUUCUGAUUCCAUUCUAGCAAAUAAAAUCUCACCUGAGGUUUUGGACACGUCAAUCUUCAAUUAGCAGUUCAAGUAACAAAAGGAAUUCUGGACAGCUAAGAUGAUUAAAUCUUGGGGUAAAACUGGAGAGAGAAAACCAUUUACUGUAAUAGAAUCAUGCUCUGUGUUUAGUGGUGGUAAAAUUAUACUGGAUAUGUAUUUUUUGCAAGUUAUUUUCAAUAACCAAAACCUUGAUAGUUUAUUUAUCUGUAAAUAUAAUCUCUGACCUUUUCCGAAAAAAAGGACUCAAGUGAACCUUAUUAUUUCAACUUGAAAUCCUAAUUUAAUUAUACGUUUAGAAGGCAAAGACCUUUACUGCCUAAAUGGCCUUACCUACCCUUCUUCGUUCAUAAAUGCAAACAGUCAAUGACAACAUCUCAAUUGAAUUGCUACACACCAAACCACUGGAUGAAGUCAAAAUAAUGUGCCUAUAGGUGUUCG